CACCCCGCGGCGCCAAUGGAGACCGCCGCCGCCGUGUCCGUGUCCAGAUCCGCCUGCCGCGCCGCGCUCCCUUCCGCCGCGCCCCGACAGGGCCGCGUCGCCUUCCCCCGCGCCGCGCCCAGGCAGCGCCUCGUCGCGCGCCGCGCGGCUGCCGGCGACAAUGCGGAGGAGGAACUCCCCAUCGAGAAGAGGAUCGCUGCCUACCCGACCGUCAUGGACAUCAACCAGAUCCGCGAGAUCCUGCCCCACAGGUUCCCAUUCCUUUUGGUAGAUAGAGUGAUCGAGUACAAGGCAGGAGAAUAUGCUGUUGCAAUCAAGAAUGUCACGAUAAAUGACAACUUCUUCCCUGGGCAUUUCCCAGAGAGACCCAUAAUGCCUGGUGUUCUCAUGGUUGAGGCUAUGGCCCAGGUUGGAGGUAUUGUCAUGUUGCAACCUGAAGUUGGCGGAUCCCAAGACAAUUUCUUUUUCGCAGGGGUUGAUAAGGUGAGGUUCCGGAAGCCAGUAAUUGCUGGGGACACUCUGGUCAUGAGAAUGACCCUGACCAAGUACCAAAAGAGAUUUGGACUUGCAAAGAUGGAAGGAAAAGCUUAUGUGGGUGGCGACGUGGUAUGUGAGGGGGAGUUCCUCCUUAUUAGCGCGACCGGGUAAACACAAAGAGACCUGGCAGUGUAUGAUCUUCUCGGGAAAUCUGAUUAGAAUGGGACAUGGUCCAUUUAUUGAGAGAUUUGAGCUGUCAACUGAACUUACAACAUGUGAGGCAAUCUUUUACAUUAAGGUAUAGUUGUGUAAUGCACCAUAUGCACGUAGUUUUGGCCUGUUGGGGCCGAGUCGAGCUAUGUUGCUGUUGUAAUGCAAGGUUACAAUCUGUUCUAUAGUCGUUUGGUGGAAUAAACUAUGAUUGUUCGAUUGUGCU